UCACUUCACUCCAAUACGGAAGAGGUCGUCAUCGUUAAGGCUGUGAGUUGGAAGCACGGAUAUGUCGUGGAUAAAAGAAGGCGAGUUGUCCCUGCUUGAAAAGAUUUCUGCCAAUAUCCUAAAGGCAGGACCCAUGCCUAAACAUGUGGCCUUCAUCAUGGAUGGUAAUCGACGUUUUGCACGUAAGAAAAACAUGGAACGGCAGGAAGGACACAUGCAGGGCUUCAACAAGCUGGCAGAGACACUACGUUGGUGCAAGCAUCUGAACAUCCCAGAGGUGACGGUGUAUGCCUUCAGCAUUGAGAACUUCAAGCGCACUAAAGAUGAGGUGGAUGGUUUGAUGGAGCUCGCCAGGCAGAAGUUUGAAAGGCUGCUGGAGGAACAUGAAAAUCUAGAGAAACAUGGCGUUUGUAUCCGAGUGCUGGGCGACUUGAAUAUGCUGCCACUUGACCUUCAACAGCUUAUUGCCAAAGCCGUGUUCACAACCAGGAAUCACAAUAAGUGUUUUGUCAAUGUGUGUUUUGCCUACACAUCAAGAUAUGAAAUCACCAAUGCAGUCAGGGAAAUGGCAUGGGGAGUAGAGCAAGGCCUAAUCAAAGGAAGUGAUGUGUCGGAGGCAUUGCUAAGUGAGUGUCUGUACAGCAAUAACUCGCCAAAUCCUGAUUUGCUCAUCCGCACCUCUGGAGAGGUGCGCCUCAGCGACUUCCUUCUUUGGCAGACCUCUCACUCCUGCCUAGUAUUUCAGUCCGUUCUGUGGCCAGAGUACUCAUUCUGGAACCUGUGUGAAGCCAUUCUGCAGUAUCAAUUAAAUCACAAAUCCAUCCAGAAAGCUAGAGACCUCCAUCGAGAGCAUCAGGCUCUGCAGCAGCUAGAAGCAGAUCGUGCUUGUGUAGCAGAGCUCUUGCAGCAUCACGGCAAUGGAAAGCCCGUCGAUAGCCAGAGAAGACAAGAGGCACUACUACACUACACUGCCUGCCGGGAAGAACGAGUUCGAGACUUCCUAGGAGCACUGAAGCACAAAAGAGACUCUUUCUUUUCUGACUUAUGCAGUGAAUCCUUGUUGGCCUAAGAAGACGUAGAAGAACAAAUCCUCUGAAGCGGGGACGAAGCCUCUCCUAUAUCCUCUUCCCAAAAGGGCUUCUGUGGAAAAGGGAAGAGCAAGCAGUAACUGGGAGCGGAUUUAUUUUGUUGCUGAUUCAUAUAAGAGGGCAGUUUUACCCCUAUGGGGCUGUAGAAUAAUCCUGCUAUUUAUGAUUGUAGAUUUAAAAACUCUAAUAGGUGGAAAUGUCUGGUCAAGAUGUAGUUAAAUCAUCGUAUAAACUGUCAGUUAAAUGCAUGCCGUUGAACGGAAGGUCAUUUUAUGUGAGUGAAAGCCACGGAUCCUGUGUUUCGGUUUCAAAACAUUCGUCCACAGAACUUUUAAAUUGUUGUUGAAGCAUAAAGUGUUGUUUGUUGACUGUGAUUUUGACUACAUAACUAUAUUUUGACCAGCUUUCUGGAACAAAAUAAAAUGAUUACUGUAUGUCAGAUAUGAUUAAAUGAUGUGAAAUUCUCUGUUUUGUACUUGCAUACUACAAGUCUAAGCUUUUGUCUCCAUCUGGCUUCCAAAAUAUGGUUAUCUAUUGUCUUAACUUGUGCAGCAAAAAAUAUGUGUAUGGUCCAUGCUGCUGAUAUAUAUGGACUCUCAGGGGGAAAACUAGUGAUGGUGGUGUUUUAUUGGAUUAAUGCGUUGUUUUUGCAAGUAGAUGACUUUCAGCACAUAAAACUGUACCAAUAUAAUUUCUGCUGCUACCUGUUGGAAGUAUUGAGCCUUAAAGCUUAUCAACUACUAAUAUGCUAUGUAUUGCAAAAAUUUAAAUAAUUGCUUGUAAUUGCUAUUCUGCAUCUCAGUUGGUGGUAUAACACAAGCAAAGAACCACUUUUACUUUUUUUUCCAGCUGGAUGUU